CUAUACGCAGAUUAUCAACUUCCAAGAGGAAUUAUUCUGCGAUUACGUUGGAAGUGGUAAACUAUUCUGUAAUUAUCGAACUUACCGCUAUAAAGAAACUCUAUCUAUAAUCAUCACUAAUCCGAAAUUAUUGUACUCGACACUACAAAGAUAAUUUACAUGAACGAAUGAAAUGUGUAUUGUCAUAAACCAUACAACCAUCUUUCCCUUACUCUAGGUGCGGCGUUGAUGCUGGUAACAGUGGUGGGGAUCCCGGCACACAGCCAGCAGGCAUCGGCAGCAUCCUUCCGCCUGGUCACCGCUUACACGUUAAACCGAACUGAUGACUCCACUCAAACAUUUCUCAGAGUGGGGACCUCUCCCUCCACCCGGUCCCUUACCUUGGCUCUGCAGACUGACCUGACUAACUGUGGAUGCAAUGUCACCGGGAAUUACUCAGGUCGCGUCCUCCAGGUGACAGGUGGCUACACAGGUGAUGCGCUCAAAGUCGUGGCGCAGAGGUACCAGCAUGUGGGGGGCGUUGGAUCAGCUGAGGAGUUGGUGAGCGUAGCGUGGCACCCCGAGGAAGAGAUGCUGUUCAUGGCGGCUCCCAGGACCACCCUCAGCCUGGCCAGCGGGCAUGAGGGCCAGGCGGGGCAGUGGUGGCGGCUGUGGUUGAGAGGCGGUGAGGAAGAGCGCGGCAAGGCCUCCAGUGGUGACCCCGCGCCGCCUCAGCUUGACCAAGAGCGAGACGCAGCCGGAACCGAGGCAGGACGGGGCGUGGUGGUGCGCACUCAGUUCUCUGAAUCCAUCUUUGGCGUAUCUUUGGACUCGCUGAUGCCGGGGAAGCGUCGGCGUCUCCUGAACCUCACCGUCACGCCACACACUGGAGAACACUGGCAGGUGAGCCUACAUGUGCCAAUUAUCUCUACAGCCCUCGAGUGGGAGACGAAGCUCUGGAAAAAUCAGGGCAAGCAACAUUGGGAAGUUAAUGGGGAAGUCAAGUCUACCAAAUCUGACAUAUCGUUAGAAUUCGUUCACUUCAAGCAGGAGAAGCAGGACGAGGAGACUCAGGUCACGGAUGACAGAGGUGAGGCUGGCAGGUGUGAUGCUGAAGGUUGUGGGGACGGCAAUGUCAAGGAGCCAAAAGCCAAGUCGCGGCACCACGUCGACAGUGAUUGCGACUCAGAUUUAAGAAAAGAACAGACAGUAGACCAGAAUGAAGUUUGUAGUGGUCGAGAUCAUAAAUCAGAAGACUUAAAGCAAAAUGAUCAUGAUUCCGUAAUGUUAAAUGUAGACGAAGAAUGUUCCAGGAAAGCGGAGUGUGAUGGACCGGAAGAGUCAGUGUCAAGUGAAGCUGUUCAAGAGACUACACAAAAAUUAACUUCCCGGGUUUUCAGCCUUUCUUCCAACAUGAAAACUUUCGUCUCAUCUGACGGAGGACGCUGGAUUCGGAUCCUGCAGCGCACACACCUGGCAUUCUGUCCUCUCGUUGGCUGGAACUUGAACCAAAUAUUUCGGUUCAAUCGUGACUGGACUGGGUGGGAGUACGUGGUGAACACCUGGGAGUGGGGCAACAUGGUGGUGAAGGCGGAGUGGGGCGUCUCUCUCCUGCAGUGGUACCAGAAAACUUUCAGCUUCUCUUUCGACCAGGCGGCGGCGCUCCCCUCCACGCAGCUGGUCCUGGAUUUCCGUGACUGGUGGAGCUACAAGGUGUGGCUGAAGUGGCCGGUCCUCGCGUCCUCCCUCGCCGCUUCCCUCACGCUUGGUCGCGACAGUCACACACUGCUGGGCGAGUCAGACCGUGUGGGGGUGACGUGGGAAGUGAAGAAAGUGGACGAGUUUCUGGGUGAGGACGCCGGAAAGGUGGUGGCGCGGGUGGUAGCGCGACACACCCCUGCUGGCUUGGUGGUGACCUUCCACGCCGACACCGCCAGCAUGCAGGAGCUCCACGAUACCGUCACUGCCGUCCUUGCUCAGGCCAUGGAGAGCCCUGACCUGUGUGGCGAGGUGCCUGACCACGCCACGCUUCUGAAGUUCCUGCACGACUUCCUUGGACAGUCACCGGCGAGUCUCUGGGCGGAUCUGCUGCAGGAAGUCCGUCGCCUGCUGCUGGGGUCUGGCACCGAGGCAGACUUACAUCACCUGCUGGAAGUUUUCAGGGAGGAAAUGGGGACAGAAGGCGUAGGAUUGUGGGAGGCAGUAUGGACGGUGCUGGAGCGGGCGGGGCUGCUGCGUUCCCGCGGCGAGGAGGUGGAGGUGGUGGUGCCCUCCGAGUGGAUUAGGCUGGCGCAGGGGUGGUUCACUUGGGCUGUCAUGGGAGGCGGCCGGCAGUGCGAAGGCAACACACUGAUGGUUAACCUGGUGGAUGCGCUGGCGGAGACCCUGAGGCGAAGUGGCAGCGGGCAAGCAACCUUUUGACCCACCAGUCAGACAAACUUUUAUGUUCGUUCUGAAGGCAAAUCAAAAGCAGGAAUUUACCAAAACCAUAAAUAAAUGACGUCAUCGUACAUCUGGCAUCCAUUCGUGUAGCUGCUAUACAACACUAUAUUGUUUAUUUAUUUAUUUUUUUACUUUGUGUUGAUUAAUUGCUUGCUUAUUCUUAGAAAAUAUGUAGGCGAUAAUAUCAACAUAAAUUAUAUACAUGUAUUCAUUUCAUUGGGACUAUUCACUCCUGUUGCUACGUUCUCAUGUUCGUUUGUAUUGAAAAAUGUUCCCUUAAUUAUCAAUACACCCAACCAUCAAUAAUUAUUAUAGUAAUAUCAAAAUAAAAUGUUCAUUGUUAAAUACUGGAUCAAAAUAAAGCCAAUCAGGGA